AUAGAAUUUAAAACCAAGAAAGAAACAUAACAUCACUUCAAAAUACUACUGUAGAUCAACUGUUAGUAGUAUUAGCAGCAAACAGAAGUGCUUCCCAUUGUUAUUUGAAUACACCGCUCAAAAUUCAAUGUUUCAAUGGAUUAUUUUAACAACACACAGUAAUAAAAAAUUCAAAUAACUCGUUAACAUUCAGUUGACAUAUUAUUUUAAAUUGUGAUCAUUAAAAAUUAAAUCAUAAUAAUAAUUUAAAAAAAAAUUAUGGGUGCAAUUCAUUCUAGUAAAGGGAUUAGUAAAGCAGAAUUGAAAAAACUUUCAGCUAAAACACAUUUCACUGAAGCACAAAUUAAAAAAUGGUAUAAAGGUUUCAUUAAAGACUGUCCUUCAGGCCUACUAAAUCGUUCAACAUUUUUAAGUAUGUAUACACAAUUCUUCCCAGAUGGUAAAGCAAGACCAUUCUAUGAACAUUUGUUUCGAACAUUUGAUCAAGAUGCUAGUGGAAGCAUCGAUUUCAAUGAAUUUUUAACUGCUAUCAGCAUUACCCAAUCUGGAAGCCCAGAAGAGAAGCUGGAAUUAGCUUUCCAAUUAUACGAUAUUGAUAGGAAUGGUACUAUUGAAGAAUAUGAGAUGACACAAAUAAUAAAAGCUAUUCACUUAAUGGUUGGCGAUAUUGAUGAGAAGAAUGAUAAGACACCAGCUGAACGGACAAGGACAAUAUUCACCAAAAUGGAUGUGAAUUCUGAUAGUGUAUUGACAAAAGAUGAAUUUAUUCAAGGAUGUUUAAGUGAUGAACACUUGUAUCGAUUACUGGCACAGAAUGACAGUCAACAAAAAUAAUCAUUAAAAAAAAACACAACAAUUUAUUACAAGGCAUACAAACAAAUAUUUCAUUUCUAAUUCAGAAAAUAAAAAAUUCAUGUAAAAGGCAUAUACUACUACUAUUGUCCAUUUAAGUAGUCAUAUACACACAGAAUUAAGUAACAAAACAGCAUAACAAUUCAAGUUUGAAUUUCAUUGGUCGUUGGUCACCGAAUAACCUUCAAAUGACCUUUACCUCGUAUAAUUAAUUGAUUAAUUAUUGAUUAACAAAACUUUCAAUCAUUGUUAAUAUUGAUUAAUACACAAUUUUGUAAAUAUAUGAAAAUUAAUAUUAUAAGUGAAAUGAAUAAAUAGUUUAGUGGUUA